AAAAUAAUAAUCUGGAGUGAAGAAAAAACUCGACAAACCCUCCCAUCUUCCUCACUCCUCCCUAAACCCUUCCCUCCGCCGAGCACCUCGUCGUCGCUCUUCUCCGAUUACCGUACAUCUCCGACAAUCACUCGUCUCUGUGACUCUCAGCCUCGGCUAAAAUUCGCCACGCAGGGUUUCAUCUUUGAAACUGCUUAUUAUCUCCGCGCUGCUCGACUGGCCAUCUUCUCUCUUUCUCGCGGACUUUGGUUCCCAUCCUCGAUCGACCCCUUGCUUCCCAUGUUCUUAUUGCAGUGUAGAAGCGAUGCAAAGACCUGACACAUUUGAUGAACCCUUUAUCAUGUCUUGGUAUCAAGGAAUCCUGUGAUCUCCACUAAGAUAGUCUGGUUUUCUUUAUCUCCAUUCAGUAUCUGUCUGUGUGUGUCCAGCAAGAUGCAUGGUACUCGGACCCUUUUCCAUCGUUGCCUAAGAACUCUGAGAAGAGUUCCAAACCCUCAAUUUCGCCCCAAUAUACAAUCUUCUCAGCGAUUUUGCAUCACCCAAAAACCCAGAUUCUCCUACUCCUCUGGUAGCUGCUACUCGACAUCAGCUGCUGCAACAUCUCGUGAAGUGCAGGAAAUUCUGGUAGAAGUAGAGCGUGAGAAGCAGAGGGAAAAAGAGGCUAGGAAACGUGCAGGGUUGGAUACUAAAGAUCUUGAUGCAGAAGAUGAAGAGGAUUACAUGGGUGUCGGGCCUCUGAUUGAGAAGUUAGAGAAGGAGAAGCUGAAAGAAGUCGGUGACAAGCUGCUUAUGUAUGAGGAGCGUUCUGAUUCAGAUAGCGAUGAAGAUGAUGAAAGGUUUGCACCAGAUGCUAUCAGGAAAAAGUUUGAUCAAUUUCAGAAGAAGCACAAACGACAUAAAGAGUUGCUUGACAAUUUCACUGAGAGUGAGACACUCGACGAGGCUUUCAAAUGGAUGAGUAGAAUUGACAAGUUUGAGCAAAAGCAUUUUAGACUUCGGCCAGAGUACAGGGUCAUUGGUGAGUUGAUGAAUCGUCUAAAGGUAUCCGAAGGCAAGGAAAAAUUUAUCCUGCAACAGAAGAUCAACAGGGCGUUGAGGAUGGUGAAUUGGAAGGAAGCUUAUGAUCCUAAUGAUCCAGCUAAUUUUGGAGUUAUUCAACAUUCUCAAGUGGGAUCUAACGUCGAUCUCAUUGAAAAUGCUGAUGGUGAUGAUGAGAAGGAUGAGAAGGAAACAGUCCAAGAUAGUGAUGAGGAAGAGGAGUUUGAUGACAUGAAGGAAAGAGAUGAUAUACUAUUAGAGAAGCUGAAUGCUCUUGAUAAGACACUUGAGGAGAAGCUUGCGGAGUUGGAUUAUACAUUUGGAAAGAGAGGCAAAGCUCUUGAGGAGGAGAUUAGAGAUCUCGCUGUGGAGAGAAAUGCUCUGACAGAAAAGAAAAGGAAACCAAUGUAUAGAAAGGGUUUUGAUGUGAAGUUGAUCGACGUGAAUCGAACUUGUAAAGUUACAAAGGGAGGGCAAGUUGUCAAAUACACUGCUAUAUUAGCUUGUGGGAACUAUCAUGGUGUUGUUGGGUUUGCUAAAGCCAAAGGACCUGCCAUCCCGAUUGCUCUCCAGAAGGCAUACGAGAAGUGUUUUCAGAAUCUCCACUACAUAGAACGACAUGAGGAGCACACAAUCGCACAUACCAUACAAACUGAAUAUAAAAAGACCAAGGUCUAUCUAUGGCCGGCGCCAACUAGAACAGGUAUGAAAGCAGGGAAAACUGUCCAAACAAUUCUGAAUCUGGCUGGCUUCAAGAAUGUCAAAUCCAAGGUUGUUGGCUCACGGAAUCCUCACAACACCGUCAAGGCUCUGUUCAAAGCCCUGAAUGCAAUUGAAACUCCAAAGGACGUCGAAGAGAAGUUUGGCCGAACAGUGGUUGAAAAGUACCUGCUCUAGGAAGCUUUUCCGGUGAAGAAUCCACACAUUCUUAUUCCCCCAGUUAGGUUCUUUUCCUAGAGUUGAAGUAGCUCAGGCAGAGGAAUAUUUAUGUGCCCAUUUUCGCAGCCAAAUUCUGCUUCGUCCUUGGUCGAUGUUUGGUUAUAGCAGCUGACUGAAGCUGGGUGCCGCAGUCUUGGCAGCCAAGAAAAUAUUGGUGCUCUAACUCCACUUUUAUUUUCUUAACCCUUUUGUUCGGUUUAGAAUUGUCUUUUUUGGUUCUGCAUGUUACAGCGAAAGGUCAGAAUCAAAUCGGGAGUUUGGUUAUGGAACUAAAUGUUUGUUAGUUCUACCAUCACUCUCAAUAAGCCAACCUUAUGUACUCUGUAUCUGGGGUUCUUAUUGUGAUUAUCCAAAUUUCCUUGCAACAGAAAGUGAGGGAGAAGGGCUGCAUUAUUAUGGUGUUUUUCAUCUCGUUUUUUUACCUGUUUCGAUAGACUUCUUUUAGUCA